AGCUGUGGAAUGACAGGUAGGAUAAAAAAUGGCUGAAAAUGGGUUGGGGUCGGAUUCUGGGUCUCAAGAAUACCUAGAAACAGAGAUCAUUAAUUUAGACAUCGAAGAGUUGGACAACACUGAAUAUGCUAUACCUGCCGUGGAGGAAUUACCCUCUUUAGAAAGUAUAUUGACAGAACCUGAUUGUGCUUCAUUAUCUGGAACAGAUGAUGACUUUGGUUUCACACCAGGAGAAAAGUUAGGUAGUAGUGAAACGACAAGUGUUGGAAGUCAUUUAUCAUUAAAUUCUUUAAAUAAACCAAAUAAAACUUCACAAUCAACGUAUUGUGGUGCUAUUUUGAGGCAUGUCAUUUUGAAAGGAAUAUCUUCGCAAAUUGUAUCAGCCAGUGAAAAAGUUAAUGCUGGCUUGGCUAGUGCAGUUGCUGCUGGAGGAAACAUGUUAGUAGUUGGUACUAGUCAUGGUCUGGUAUUAGGUUUUGAUUCUUCACAAACAUUAAGAUGGUGUGAUCAAGAGGCAAGGCAUCAAGGUUCUGUAUCUGCAUUGUGCUUUAAUUAUGAUGGAAGCAGAGUACUGGCAGGUUUUGCUAGAGGACACAUAUUAAUGAUAGAUAGCUCUAAUGGCAAAGUACUCAGGACACUCACUGAUGUUCAUCCUCUAGACACAGCCGUAUUACAUGUUAAAUUCACAGAUUCACCAAAAGUUGCACUAUGUAGUGAUAGUGGAGGGUCAGUUUUUGAAUUAAAUUUUACAAGGGUUAUGGGAGUACGAGGUUGUGAUAGCAGAUGUCUAUUUAGUGGAUCUAGAGGUGAAGUAUGUACAUUGGAACCUUUGUUGUUAAAUCAUCUGCCAUCGCACCCCCUCAAAAAUUACACAUUGGUAGCAAUGGCAACAUUAUCAAAGGUAAUAGUAGUUUGCAUAAGGCCACGAAUGCGUGUUGUAUUAACUCAUCCUCUGUCUGGUGCUCCCAUAGCACCACCACAACUGUCUUGGCAACUUGUUGUUAUACAAGCAGCAGAUGCUUCUCGUGUAAUUGAUCCAGUCCUUGCACUUGCAAGGGAUGAUGUGGUUCACUUUUAUCAAGUGUGCACAGAAGCUGGUUCAAGAGUGAAAUUAUCUCCUCUAAGGAGGAUGACUCUUCCAUAUACAAUAAGUAACUUACGAUGGUUAAAUCCAAGAUCAUUAGCAGUACUGGAUACUCAAGAAAGGUUACAUCUGUUAGACGUAAGAGCGCAGGAUAAUUUGGAAACUUUAGAUAUGAGUCGUGUUAGUAUUUCAUAUGCUUCUAGCCAUUUUAAAGGUUUAUCCACUGGUGGAAAUGUUUCGAAGGCAAUGGCAUUGGCUGGUGAACGAGCAUGUUACAAUACUGUGGUAACAUUUGGUACUCAACUUUUACUUUUGGGUACAAAAAGUUUACACGUGGUGUUCAUACGAACAUGGACAGAACGAUUGAGGCAUUUGACAAUGCAGAAAAGAUUUCCAGAAGCCUUAGCAUUGGGUCUCUCUUUCUACCAAGAUAAAGGGAAAGCAGUUGUAGGUCUUCGUGGUUCAAAGCAGCGUCGCAAACAAAUAGCUCGCGAUAAAGUAUGUCACGUUUUAAUUCAGUACAUGGAAGAAUUGAAUCGUUGCACUGCAGAUGAAAAUGUAGAGUUUGAAAUAGUCACAACGUGUGUAGAUUAUUGUAUACAGUUAGAAAAUACAGAAAUAUUAUUUGGAAAGUUAUGGGAUUUAGUUUCGGAAUCAGAGGGACUCAAAGCGAGUUACUUGCAUGCCCUCGAAAGUCCUUUAUUAGAUGGAAGUCUUCGACCUCGACUACCACCAUUAAUUGCUCAACAAUUAGUUACCGUUUAUGACCAGGAAGACAAAGUGGACUCCUUGCAAUCAAUAAUAGUGUUAUUGGACGUUGACUGCUUAGAUAUUCACCAAGUAACAACAGUUUGUCGUCAACGAGGACUUUGGGAAGCUUUAAUACAUCUUCAAACGACUGCAUUAGGGGAUUUCACCGCUCCAAUUCAUCAAUUAGUACCUGUUUUACAAAGUUCAUUAACGAAUUCAAAAGAUUCAGUAACUCGAGAUAGUAUACAGCUUGGUAACGCAAUUCUGGUUUAUGCCAGUUGUUGUCUUGCUGGUCGUGGUUUUCCUAGAGAUGAGCUUCCAGAGGGUAAAUCGCAAAGAGCAAAAACAGAUGUACUGAGAGCUUUGCUUUCACAACAUUCAAGCUUAGCUAAUGACACAGAAAGGCAAUACCCUUAUCUAAGGACAUUGCUUCAGUUUGACGCAAAGGGAUUUCUUGAUGUGAUAGCAAUUGCUUUUCAAGAACCAGAAUUCACAUCUGAAAUAGGUCUCAGACAACGACAAAGGCUCAUAGACAUAUUAUUAAGUAUUGUUAUGCCUAGUACACCACUUAGUCCAAGGAAUCCCGAUUGUAUCACCGACGAACAAAGAAAUUUAGUUCUUAUAUUUAUAGCUAAUGAGGUAGCAGAAAAUACGGUUAAUUUAGAACCUAGCAUGUUAAAUAAAAUAAUCGAAAUAUUAUGUACUGACUCAAGCAUGGGAUCAUCAAAAGAGCUUAAGACUGAUAAAGAAAAUGCAAUAUUGGGAUUAUUACGUUCUAAGAAAUUGCGUAAUAUAUCAGAUAAUACGUUACUUAAUUUGGCAGAGAGAGCUAAUUUUAUGCAAGUUGCGGAGUUGCUGUACAGUGCCAGGGAGGAUUGGAUUGCAGUUUGUAAAUGUAUGAUACUGCAUCCAUUUAGACAUCAUGAAAUUUGGCCCUGGUUGAAACACCUCUCUCAGAAUUCAUUGCAAACAGUUGUAAUGAACAAUACUGAAGCUUUAGUGGGAAUUAAUCCAACUCAAUUUGCAAUACUUAUAGCAACACAUAUGCAGAAUAAUCUUAAUGAAAUAAUACAGAAGCUAGUGAAUACUUCAAAUCUGCAGUACACCUUACUGGAAGCUUUAUAUGAAAUAGUUCAGUAUAAAGAAGAAGAUAUCUCAUUAGAUCUUUCAACUGAAUUGUUAGAAAAGUAUUUGAAAUUAAUGUGCGAAUUGCAACCAGAAAAUGUAGUUGGUCAUAUUCAAGGAAUUCAUGGUUGUCGACUGAAUGAAGCAUUGAAAAUAGUUCAAAAAGCAAAUCAUAAAGAUGCUGAAGCUGUUAUGUUAGAAAAAUUAGGCAAUUAUCAAGAUGCAUUUGAUAUUCUUCUGAACGAGUUUCAAAAUAAUCUUAAACUGUAUUGCCAGAAUAAGAUUUCAGAAAAUGAAUCAGUUCAGAAUACAAUACAGCUGGCGGGACUUUGUAAAAGAUCUGCUGGAAAUUUAGAUUGGAUGCCGCUUGUGGAAACAAUACUUCGAACACAUUCAAAUAGUAAUGAUGAAAAAGUUGAAAAAUUAAGUGGAAAAUUGUUAAGGAUUGUAUUAGAAUUUCUUAGUGGUACAACAGCAUUAUCGACUGUAUUAGAACAGAUUCUGAAACACCCACUAGCAACAAGUGGUACAAUAGGUGACAUAAGGCAAUUAUUAUCUGGGGUACUAACACAUUCUCGAUACGAACAAACUUUAGUAGAGACUACUGCACGUUUGGUCAGUCUAGAGCUUCACGAGGCUCUGAAAAAUUCGUUAAGAGACGCAGGUAGAGCAUGUGCCAGUAUAUCAUUAAUUUGUCCCAUAUGUCGUCAUUUGUUGUCACAAUGUACAGACUAUAUAGUAGUUUUCAGUUGUGGUCAUGGUUUUCAUUCAGAAUGUUUGGGAGAACCUAGAUCGUGUUAUAAAUGUUUAAAUUCAAAGGGAUGGGCUCCCAUAGUUACUAAUAUCACACAUCUUACCAAGUCAUUCCAUGAGCAUAAGCAAAUUCUACCACCAGAAUUUAUGCGCAAUAAAGAUCUUUCUCUGAGACUUGCACCACCUACUUUACCAGAUCUUGAAGGUAUUUUUUAA